GAACAUGUGGUACGAAGAAGGGCUCGGGCACAAACAUUAUCGUGUUACGAUACGGGCAACAGGCAUCGGUUCUGGUGGCGCUGCCACGCGCGGGGCCAGAGCUAGGCAGCCCCGGUGUUUCUUGAAGCUCGGCUUCAGCUGGCGGCGACCGGGGCUCCUCACGGCCGGCAGCAGCCGCAUCCCGCGACCCCCUCGCCCUCCGGCCUCUGCAGCCCGCGGUCGGCUGCAGUCGCGGCUGCUGCGGCAGACGCUUCGCCUUUUGUUGAUGCGCAGGAGCAGGUGGCUGGGGGCGGGUAAACCCAAGUGCUGCGACGGGACGCUCUCCCGCCAGCUUCCAUCCAGGCCGGCGAGUUCACUCGGGUUGGCGCGCCGGUGGCGCUGCCUCAGGCCGGCAGCACGAUGGCCCAGGGGCGGCAUCAGUCUGGUUCUGGUGUCGAGAUCGGGCUCCUCACGGCCGGCAGCCGCCGCAUCCCGCAGCCCACUCACCCUCCGGCCGCUGCAGCCCGUGGUCUACAGUCGCGGCUGCUUCGCCUAUGGCUGAUGCGCAGUGGCAGGUGGCUGGUGGCGGGUGAACCCAGAUGCUGCGACGGGACGCUCUCCUGCCGGCUUCCAUCCAGGCCGGUGAGUUCUAGGGACUGCAGGUUCAGAAUAGACCUCUGUCUUCAGGUGGACAAACCGAAGACCCUCCCUUCUGUUUCGGCGCCGCAGACUCUUUGCUCUGUUGCGGAGGCUGCUAGUGGUUCGGAUGGCUGUCCUGCGAAACAUCAGAGUGUGAAGGAGGCUUUGGGUGUAAGCAUGCCGCCAUCACCUUCCACUUCAAUUGGGCUGAUGGUGGGGCGGCAGGCCACUCCGGCCUCCCCUCCAGCUGCGUUCAAGCCUAAAGGAGACUAUCGCCGCAGCGCACGCCUCCAAGAGCUCCCGGCUGGAAAUGAUGUUCCGGCGACAGAGGUUGACUCAAUGGCUAAAGCGAUGAACAGGGUGGCGGCAAAGAACCUAGCUACACUGGCAAAAGCACCCAUAAUAACAGUUAAAACGCUAAGGUAUAUGGUGGUUGAUAGAGUGAAGGUUCAACCUAAAAAUCCAAAACAUACCAAUAAAAAUGAAACAGUUAUUGAUUAUCUUAUCUCAAGCGAAGAUGAGAUAGAGGUCGCGUGGGACGGUCCUCUCUUAUCUCACCUUGUGAAUGAGAUCACAGAGGUAGAUAAUGAGGUGGAGUUGGUAAGCUUAGGGCCCGUUUGGCACAACUCUGGAUUCAAAUUCACCUUGAAAGUGAUUCAAAUUCACCCUGAAAAUGUUUCUCUAAUGAAUUCGAUUCAGCAGUGAAACUGUUUGGCUAGCUGACUGAAUUGCAAUUCCUGAAAAGAGAGUAUGGUGGCUGAAUUGACCGUUGUAACCCUGCCUAUAUAUCUGUGCUGACUUGUAUAUGAGAUGUAUUUGGACUUGUAUUUGAGAUGUAUCUGACUUGUAUAUAAGAUGUAUUUGGCUUGUAUAUGAGAUGUA